UUGAUAUAUUUUUGUAUUAAAUAGUGAAUAUACUCUAUGAUUUUAUUCCAAUUUUGAUCCGUUUGGUAGUUGCUUAUGGAAUACAGGUUUUUAAAUGUAAGAUUAUUUACGUGAUCUGCAAGAUUUGGAAGAAAAAAGAUCUUGUGGUAGUUUAAUGAUAUCGAAUUGGUUGAUAGUUGCUUAAAUAUAGGAAUAUAUUAUGGAAGGUAAUUAUUUAUAGGUUAAUAAUGAAGUUUUGACGUGAUUUGCAAGAUUAGAAAUCAAAAAAAUAUAUUUUGUGGUAGUUUAGUGAUAUCUUUGUCGACUUAAAUAUAUGAAUAUAUUUUAUAAGGUAUAUUGUUUUGGAAAAUAAUAAAUGAUUACUUUUGAUUUUCAAUUAAAAAAAUUAUAUACCAAAAAUCGUAUUGUCUAAGUUAGUAUUGUUGUGGAAUUAAAUGAUUUAUAGUAGUAUUGAUAUAAACUAUGAUUUUUUCGUAUGACAUAUAUUUGUAUCUAUCUAAUAUAAUGGUUUUGAUUUUGCAGACCAAAACUACUAAUCGGAUGCGCUGAACUCAGGAAGUAAGGGAGUAUGACAAUUCAAUUCGACGGUAUGAAGACGGAUGCUUAUACGUCGACGAUGUGUUAUUAUCUGCGCUGUCCGGGUUUCGUACAAACAAGCCGGACCGUUCUUAUUGAAGGCGCUAUCUCACCGGCAUCGACAAUAGGAGGCCUUCAAACCGAACUCACCAUACAAGUGUGGAAGGAUCCGGCGCGGGGACCAUGGUGGCUGGGAGUUGGUUUCAGCAAUGGGACCAAGCUCUCGGCGAUCGGAUAUUGGCCGGUCGAGAUCUUCAGCCGGCUCGCUGAUCACGCAGAGAACAAGUACACAGAGCUCAAGCGUAUGAUCUUGAAAGCUCCCAAAACUCUUGGUCUCGACAACCUGAGAACGAGCGCAAUUCCUGAUGCAACAACGGCAUGA